AACCGGUACACAGCUGUACAUGCACUGUUGGUAACUUUCUUUGAGCACACACUCUUCUCCUGAGAAGCUCACAAUAUUCUAAAAAGCACCUCCUGAUCACAAUAGUUUUGUGCAACAGACCAUGUUCAGUCACUUCUGGAAAAAGUCGAGCAAGAGGAAUGAGAAUGCUCUGGACAAAGAUGCCCCUGAUGCCACUUCGGUGAGCACCAGCAGAAGCAGUGGCAGUUUGAGGAGCAGUAGAAGCAAGAAAUCGAGGCAGAAAAACAAGAGUAAGAAUCAGCAAGAUGCCUCUGAAAUCAAGACGCCAAAUGAACAAGUAGUUGAGCGCUUCUUUGCCAAACUGAAUGCCCACGCCUCCACUGAAGAGUUCCUUUCGUUUUUCACAUCCGGUGAUGCUCCAAUCAAGUUUGACGACAGCAAGGUCAUGAAUGCUACGAUUAUGGCUACGGAAAUGCAGAAAGUGUAUGCUGGAUUUGGGGAUCUUCGCCUGAACUAUGGCUCUGUCAAAGAAGUCAAGCCAGAUGUUGUUCUUCUUGAUGACCUCUACGCUACUGGAACUCACACAGGUCCAUACCAGUUCGCCAACUUUCCUCCCGUGGAGGCUACUCACAAGAGCAUCGCGACGGAUCCUGAACGAUGUUGGUUUCAUAUGAAGGAUGGUAAAUUCAAAGGCGAGGAAGUCAUCGCUUUGGGGAACCUUACUGGACCCCCUGGCAUGUAUAUCGCUGUGGGAGGAAAGAUGGACAUUCCACCUGGAGAAUAAAGUGGCUGGCUGCCUGGACACUGGAUGAUGUGUGCUGUGUUGCUGUGUGAAGGCUUUAAAAAGUAGAAUAAUAUUUGUUGCAAGUUGCUUGAUAAAGCGCAAUGUUGAGCUAGUCGUUCAGCCAUCAGGAAUACCUGCUUAGUGGCACG